AAGUGCACAGCAGAACAGGGCAGGCAUGCCUCAGACACUGAGUGCCUCCAACAUGGUCACCCCAGGCAGCCCCAGCCCACCCGCCACUGAGCCCAUGGACGGUGAGCAGGCCGAGCAGUCAGUUCUGGAUGGGGCUCCAUCCUCAGCCUCCCUGGACACCCUGAUCCAGCACCUGGUGCCCACAGCCGACUACUACCCCGAGAAAGCCUACAUCUUCACCUUCCUGCUGAGCUCCCGCCUCUUCAUCGAGCCCCGGGAGCUCCUGGCCCGCGUCUGCCACCUGUGCAUCGAGCAGCAGCAGCUGGACAAGCCAGUGCUGGACGAGGCCCGCGUCCGGAAGUUUGGCCCCAAACUGCUCCAGCUGUUGGCCGAGUGGACAGAGACCUUCCCGCAGGACUUCCAGGAGGAGUCGACCGUCGGGCACGUGAAGGACCUGGUGGGCCGCAUCGCCCCCUGUGACGAGGCCUACAGAAGGAUGAUGCACCAGCUCCUGCAGGCUCUGCACCAGAAGCUGGCGGCUCUGGGCCAGGGGCCCGAAAGCCUGCUGGGCGCCGACAAGCCCAUCUCCUACAGGACCAAGCCACCAGCCUCCAUCCACAGGGAGCUCCUCAGCGUCUGCAGUGACCCCUACACGCUGGCCCAGCAGCUAACCCACGUGGAGCUGGCGCGGCUGCGACACGUCGGGCCCGAGGAAUUUGUCCAGGCUUUUGUGAACAAGGACCCCCUGGCCAGCGCAAAGCCCUGUUUCAGUGAUAAGGCCAAGAACCUGGAGGCCUACGUGAAAUGGUUCAACAGAUUGUGCUACCUCGUAGCGACUGAGAUCUGCAUGCCGUCCAAGAAGAAGCGGAGGGCCCAGGUGAUCGAGUUCUUCAUCGAUGUGGCCCGCGAGUGCUUCAACAUUGGCAACUUCAACUCCCUCAUGGCCAUCAUCUCUGGCAUGAACAUGAGCCCUGUGUCCAGGCUAAAGAAAACCUGGGCCAAAGUGAAGACAGCCAAGUUUUUUAUCCUGGAGCACCAGAUGGAUCCAACAGGGAAUUUCUGCAACUACAGGACAGCCCUGCGAGGCGCCGCCCACCGCUCCCUGACCGCCCACAGCAGCCGGGAGAAGAUCGUCAUUCCCUUCUUCAGCCUGCUCAUCAAAGACAUCUACUUCCUGAAUGAGGGCUGUGCCAACCGCCUCCCCAAUGGACACAUCAACUUUGAGAAAUUUCUGGAGCUGGCCAAGCAGGUUGGAGAGUUCCUCACAUGGAAGCAAGUGGAGUGUCCCUUCGAGCAAGACCCCAGCAUCACCCACUACCUGUACACUGCGCCCAUCUUCAGUGAGGACGGUCUUUAUUUGGCUUCUUAUGAAAGUGAGAGCCCAGAGAACCACACAGAAAAAGAGAGAUGGAAAUCUCUGAGGUCUUCUAUUUUGGGGAAGACGUGA